AUGCCGUACGAAAUCGACGACAAUACACCUAAGUUAUUUCGACCCUUGAGUAUCCGCGGCGUUACACUUCGAAAUAGAAUAUGCGUUUCUCCCAUGUGCCUUUAUUCCUUGGCCUCCUCAGGGCCUUCGACGGGAGUGUUGACACCGCUGUACAUCACCACGAUUGGUCACAACGUUUUCAAAGGGGCCGCACUCGCGAUGAUUGAGGCGACAGGUGUCCAGCCAAACGGCCGUAUCACGCCCCAUUGCCCUGGCCUAUGGAACGAGGCCCAGCAACAAGGUCUGCAACAAAUCACGGACUUCAUCCACUCCCAGGGUGGUCUCUGCGGGGUUCAACUAUCUCAUGCUGGAAGGAAGUCAAGCACUCAGCCUCCGCUGGUUGCACAACAACUCGGAAAAUCAAGUGCACGAGCCUCCAGCGACGACGGCGGCUGGCCAGAUGACGUGCUUGGUCCCUCGGGAGGUGUUGAACAAUCAUGGGACGGCAAAGGCCUCGACCUAUCUGGAGGCUAUCACGUCCCCAAGGCAAUGACAGAGGUCGAAAUCCAACAACUAGUGUCGAACUAUGCGCGUGCAGCCGAGAGAGCCGUGAAAGCCGGGGUUGACGUGCUCGAGAUCCAUGCGGCCCAUGGGUAUCUCAUAAAUCAGUUUCUCAGCCCUGUUACCAAUCGCCGAACGGAUCAGUAUGGAGGGAGCUUUGACAAUCGAGUUCGUCUCCUCCUGGAGGUCAUCUCAGCUGUCAGAGCGGUCAUACCAGAAAGCAUGCCUAUCUUCGUCCGAGUCAGCGCAUCCGACUGGCUGGAGGAUACUGAGAUAGGAAAAAAGCUGGGGAGUUGGACAGUAGAGUCAACUGUCCAAUUGGUCAAGUUGCUUCCAAGCCUGGGAGUGGACCUGAUUGAUAUCAGUUUGGGUGGGAACCACCAUCAAGCCCGAUUCAACGUAUUUGAUGGUGGAGUAAAGCAUAGAGAGAUUGCCCUGACGAUCAAGCAAACACUCCAGGCAGAAGGUAGCGACCUAUUGAUUGGAACGGUCGGCUUGAUUACCAAAGCCCAGCAAGCCCGCGAUCUCGUGCAAGGUAGCCCCAUAAGUGGACCCGGUGUUGAUGUUAUUUCUAUUGGUCGGCAGUUUCUGAGAGAACCUGAUUGGGUCUUGAGAAUUGCUGAUGAGCUUGGGGUUGAUGUCGCUUGGCCAGCUCAACUCCAACGUCUGCGACCUGGUCCCUCUGCUCGCAUAUAG